GGCCGCGGUGGUGUUCCGCCACUGCUGAGGCCAGGCCUGGCUCCUCGCUGGAGGGACACGGCCUGGGCUGGGCCGGCGCCUUCCGCGCUCUGCCCGUCCGGCCGUGGCCGCCGUCGCUCGGCCGUACUCAGAUGCAGAGUUCUGAAGAGUCCUUGGAAAUGGAUCACUCAUCUGUAAAGCGGAAAUCCACCUUGAGGGUCAGCUCUGACCCAGCAGCGACCCAGGCCUCCUGAAGCCUGCUGUUCUGAACCCCCAUGCCCAUCGGUACAGACUUGAGGACACGGGUCCCUGACCAUGGUCACACUCAUCACUGAGAAGCUGCAGAACCAGAGCCUGGAUGACCUUGUCCGCAAGAGCUACGAUGCUGGUCCGCGUUCUGCUGGGACACUGAGCAACAGGGGUCAUUUGUUCCCUUUUGAGAGCAACGAAGACAGGCGCCCCUGGAAGGUCUUAAGUGGAGGAUGGCCCGUCGGGAGCCAGACGGCCACGGGCACACGUGGCCCAGACACAGGCCUGGGUGCCGUGAGCGCCACAGACCUCAGGGAGAGCACAGGGCCCCCCUCGGCACCACCUACCAAGCGCCACUGCCGCUCCCUGUCAGAGCCGGAUGAACUGGCACGCUGCCGCUCCCCCUGGCGCCCCGGCGGCUCCAAGGUCUGGACGCCGGUGUCCAAGAGGCGGUGCCACAGCGGCGGGCGCGCCACGCUGCGGGAAAGCCUGGCUGCCAGCCUGCCCGGGAGCGCCACACUGCUGGGCCGUACCGCCCCGGUGGCCGGCCCCACCUCGCCCCCCGUGCCCCGGCCGCCUUCAGCUGGCGGCGGCUGCCCGGACGGCAGUGAGGGUGGCCCGGGCCCACCCUGGCGACCCGCAGGACCCUGCGCUCUGUCCUGCAGGCGCCGCCUGUCCCUGUCGCAGGAGCACCUGGUGGAAGUGGGCACACCCCCGCCCUCCGCCGGCAGCAGCCCCUCGUCCACGCCUGAAUUGGGCCGGCGGCUGGGCCUGCUCCGGUGCCGCUCACAGCCUUGUGUGCUGGUCGGGAGGAAGUGUCGGCGCAAGCGCAGGCGUGAGGAGAGCGCCUGCUGGCCGCGCCCGUCCUUGGACUUUCUGAAAAUGACACGGACUUUAAAAAAUUCAAAAAGCCUUUGUUCCCUUGAUUAUGAAGACGAAGAGGAGGAUGACAGCCAAGUGAAGCUGGCCCCGUAUGCCCCACGCGGCCCCACGGGCAUCAUCACUCCCGGCUCCAGACCACUGGGCGUGUGCCCCAGCCCCUGCUGCACCGGCCCCGGCCCGUGGGCCUCUUGGGAGCCCAUGGCCGCUGAGGGCGAGGGCGGGAGUGGCGGCGACCCCAGUGACUGGGAGAGCGCUGGGGAGGAGGGGGCCUUCCCUCCCGGCCGCGGCGAGCUGGACCUGGGGCAGAUCGAGAGCAACUGACCCCCGGCGGGGGGUCCGGGGCCACUGCCCCCAGUUUCUUCCCGGCUCACGGACAGGAGCUGGGCUACGCAGAACUUUGAACAUUAGGUGUAAUUUUGAUCCAGUUUUUCCUAAAGAAGUAUUUUGGAUUUUUAUGGCUUUUACAGUUCUGGAGAAAGCUGCUGUAUUUUGAACGAAUUUUCGGAAGGGCAUUCUAUGAAACGGGAGGCUGCGGGCCGAUCCCAGCACAGGUGUGCGUUCUUUUUCUAAAACCCCUGCCGUGCAGGGCGCGGGGGUCCGUGAGUGCCGAGCAGCCGGCCUGCUGCUGCCCGUCACCUCUUCGGAGCGCCAGGCGGUGGUGCCUGUGUGCUCAGGAGCUCUGGGAUGGUGGUCCUGGCAGCACCUGGUCUGACUUCAAUAAAAGGCGUUUGCUUCCC